AAACCCUCUCCAUUCUCCACCUCUCUCGCCGCCGUCUCGACGAAAACCCCACCCACGCCGCCGUCGCGUUGCGCCCCCAUUUGCCAUGGCCUCCGCCGCCGCCGCCUCCAGCGCGCGCCGCCUCUCCAGCAUCUUCUCCUCGGCCAAACCACGCGCCCGACCACCCAAGUCCGCGCCCGCGCCCGCCGCGGCGCCUGCCCCGAAACCUGCCGCCGGCGAGGCGGAGGCGAUACCCAAAAAGGGUCGCAACCGCGACAUGCCCCUCGGCAAAGUCGUGCAGACCGUCAUCCGGCAGCGCGAUCCGGACAAGCUGGUGUCCCAGUUUGUCGCGGCGUCGGCCGCGUCCCAGAGAUUCCGCGACAGGCACCGCGUGUACGAGGUGGCCGUGGCCCGCCUCGCUUCCUUCGGCCGCCAGGAGGCCGUCGCGGCCAUCCUCGACGCCCAGAAGCCCUUCCUCGAGGCCUCCACCGAGGGAUUCGCCACGCGCCUCGUCCGCCUCUACGGCCGCGCCUCCAUGCCGUCCCACGCCGCCGCGACCUUCCACGACCUCCCGCCAAAGCACAAAUCCGUCAUGACCUUCAACGCCCUCCUCGCCGCCUACGUCCACGCUGGCGACUUCGAUGCGCUCGCCACCGCGUUCCAGCAGAUCCCGGCCUCGUACCCCACCAUUGUCCCCACUGUACCCUCUUACAACAUUCUCAUCAGCGCGUUGUGCCAGAAGCCGGACCUCUCGGCCGCCCUCGACGUCAUCGCGCUGAUGGACAAGCGCGGUCUUACACCCGAUGAGGUAUCUUUCAACACUCUGCUUAAUGGGUUUUACAACAGUGGUUGCUUUGAUGAUGCCGAGAAAGUCUGGGAGAUGAUGAAGGAGAGGAAUGUUGAGCCGAACACAAAGAGCUAUAACGCAAAGCUGCGGGGUCUGGUUGCCAAAGGGAGGAUUGAGGAUGCAGUCGCUGUAAUUGAGAUGAUGCAGAAGGAUGGGCCCAAACCUGAUUCAGUCUCCUACAAUGAACUCAUUCGAGGGUAUUGCAAAGAAGGGAGGUUGGAUGAGGCCAAGAAAGUAUAUGUUGAUCUGGUAAAGAAUGAAUGUGCACCAAAUAGGGGCACAUUUCAUACCCUUGUGCCAUGUUUUCUUGAGGCUGGGGAGCUUGAUUGUGCUCUAACAUGCUGCCAUGAGAUCUUUAGUAGGAAGUGCAAAGUGCAAUUCUCGUUACUGCAGGGGGUAGUGACUGCAUUGGUUGCUGCCUCAAGGGUGGAGGAGGCUAAGAUGAUUGUUGAGCGUGGGAGGAAGAACUCCUAUCCUCGGAAGGGUUUGAGGAUGCCACCACGUACUAGAGAAGACAUGGGUUUGAAGAUGCUACCUACCGGCGAAGACAUUGAUGCAGAAGCUGAAGCUGACUGGGAAGAUUCUUCACCGGAUGAAGAGGGGUCUGAGGAGGGAGGUGUGUCUAAAAAUGCUUGAUGGUGAUGCAAACAGAAGCUGCACUACUGUUUUGCCUAGCAGGAUAUAGCGGAAUUGCAUGUACAAUUGUUAUCAUGUACUACUUUAAUAAGAAAGGGUUUCUUGCUUCUCUGCUGUAAAUUGAUCAGUAAGAAUACCUCUGCUCAUCUUACAUGACAUUUACAUCAAACUUUUCUUCCUACAUUUCUGGCUUUGGCUUGUUUGUCACAUGGUAUCAAAAUUGUUUGUUAUAUUU